AGAAAAUUGGAGAAAUAAUGAGAGUUCUCCUAAUUUACGUCUUUUUUCUAUUAAUUGUUAAUAUCUUUUUUCUAUUACUAUACAUAUAUUUUUUUUUGGUCACAUGUCAAAAUAAUAAUUAAUGAAGGGACCAACUUGGCAGACAACAAAGUGUUGUUCACUCCUAAAUUAUAUAUUGACCUCAGCUUCUCUGUCCUGCGAUGAGAUUAUCUUCAGAGGCCUCAGCUCAGCCCAACUACCUCCUCAUCACACAAUUUUCUUUCUUCUCCAUUCUUAUUUCUCAAGAACAAAAAAUGGUGCACUACCCUUUUGGAGGAGGAAGAUCAUUAUGGGUAACAUUACUACCACUACUACUAGUAUUCACUUCAACCCUGAUACCAUGUUCAAAUUCUCUUCGAAUUUCUAAGAUGAAAUCUAUGGUUUAUAGAUCCCCAAAGUUUGAGCUGGAACCAGGAUCAGUGGUCAACAAAUACUUCUACAACGUUGACUUUCCAAGAGGUCAUAUUGGUCUCAAGAGUUUUCAUGCUGAAGUAGUUGAUGAGGCAGGAGACUCUGUCCCUCUACACGAAACCUAUAUUCACCAUUGGGCCAUUGUCAGAUAUUAUCAACCAAAAGAUGAAUAUCAGAAAAAUAAUAAUACUUCAAAUACAAAUAUUACCAUUGCUAGAAACAGUGGAAUAUGCCAGGAUGAUGUUCUUGGGCAGUACUAUGGUUUUGGCGCCGAGACACGUAAAACGUCUACGUUUGCUCCUGACCCUUAUGGCCAUGAAGUUGGUAAUCCUGCUGAAACUCCUGAUGGCCAUGAGGAGAGAUGGUUUCUCAAUGUGCACGCGAUCGAUACUCGAGGCGCUGUCGACAAAUUGGGGUGCACUGAGUGCAGGUGUGAUCUGUAUAAUGUCUCCACGGAUGAGUAUGGGCGGCCUUUGAGGUCAGAUUACAGAGGAGGCCUGUUGUGUUGUUAUGAUCAAACACGUUGUAAAGUCAGAAAAGGCUUUCAAGGGGUCAAAAGAAGUCUUUACCUCAAAUAUACUGUGGAAUGGAUUGAUUGGAAUGAAUCUAUUCUGCCUCUUAAGAUCUAUAUUUUCGAUGUUACUGAUACCUGGAAUGGUUUGAUCUCUGCUAAACAUGAUUGCCAAAACGAAUACCAGGUUGUGGAGUCAUGCAAGAGCACUGAUACGGGUAAGGACAAAUGCAUUGACAAGAAAAGCACAAGGGUCAGCAUACCAAAAGAUGGAUAUGUUGUGUAUGGUGUGGCUCACCAGCAUACUGGUGGAGCUGGUUCAACAUUAUAUGGAGAGGAUGGAAGAGUGAUAUGUUCGUCGAAUCCAAUCUAUGGAGAAGGUAAGGAAGCAGGGAACGAGGCCGGUUACCUUGUGGGAAUGUCCACUUGUUAUCCUGAACCAGGCUCAGUCAAGAUACUUGCUGGUGAGACAUUGGUUCUUGAGUCUAAAUACAGUAGUAGCCAAGAACACACUGGAGUUAUGGGGCUAUUUCACAUUUUUGUUGCAGACCAAUUGCCAAAGUCACUAAAGAUCUUUGAUCACUCUCCUCUCUGAGUGAAUCUCCUUAUUACUUUUGUAAUGUUGUCCAUCUAGAAUAAUCAUAUAUUCCAAUAAAUUCGCAAAAUAUGAUAGUUGUAAUACAUAUGCUGGAAUUCAUAAUUACUUUUAGAAUAAUUUGAGUUGUACUUCUUAUGUGUUAUUAUGCUUACAAUAUAUAUUAUAAUCAGUGUAAGAGAAUAAGUUUGUUGUGUAAUGAAAUAUACAUCUAUAACGAUAUAGGGUGUUGGGCACCGUUUUUUAA